UUUCUCCACAGCUGACUUUGGCCUCUCUGCUCAGCUCACCCCUGAGCAGAGGAGACAGAGCUCCGUGGCCAGCACUUCUGGGUGGAUGGCGCCUGAAGUCGUGACAGGUCACCCGUACGGCCCCAAAAUGGACAUAUGGUCUUUUGGAAUUGUGGGCAUCGAAAUGGUGGAACGAGAAGUUCCUUCCUGGAAUGAAACUCUUGUCUCGCCUCAACUCCUGAUAAACAUAAGAGGGACACCAAAGCUGCAGCAGCCCAACCUAUUCUCGCUUUUGCUGCAUGACUUCCUGAACUGCUGCCUGCAGACAGACGAGGCACAGCGCUGGUCUGCUGAGGAGCUCCUGCAGCAUCCACUUGUAACAUUAACUGAGCCUGUGUCCAGCCUGGUGCCGCUGAUCAUUUCAGUGAAGAGGAGGAAAGAGGAGAAAACAUCAGGACCAGCGUAGAGUCAGCUUGUAGACUAGGAUUGUAGAGUAGGGUUAUAGAGUAGGAUUCUGAACUAGGAUUAUAGAGUAGGGUUCUAGAGUAGGAUUGUGGACUAGAAUUGUAGAGUAGGGUUAUAGAGUAGGAUUCUGAACUAGGAUUAUAGAGUAGGGUUCUAGAGUAGGAUUGUGGACUAGAAUUGUAGAGUAGGGUUAUAGAGUAGGAGUAUAAAUCAAUAAAAUUUCUGAAAUUUUAA